UGGUUCUCUGCACACAGACGCCGCCUUCUGUCAGCAUUCACAUUGACGCACCCGCACUGUCGGUGUUGAUCCAUUCAUUCGUUAGUAUUAAAAGGCUCAUGCUUUGCUUCCUAACCUUGUGUUGUUAUCAUCUGUUCAUCUGGAAAGGGAAGGUGUGUGGUAUAAAAAGUGCGCGCAAGCAAGAUAGAGAAAAGAGAUUCGUACUUUCCCCUCAAACCGAUAUAUCUGUACUUUUAUACACGCAAAAAAUUGAGGAGUACAUUGGCGUUUGAAGAAUUUGCUUGCCAAAAAACAGAGGCUGAGUUUGUUGAUAGAUACAUCUGUAUGUCAAAGGUGGAGAAUCUUAGAGACAAGGCCAAGGACGAAGAUGAACACACAAGCAAUUUCGUCACGUCUGUGCCGAUGGUAUUUCCAGAUAUCGAUAGGGAGAGGGAGAUGUCUGCUAUGGUUUCAGCCCUGACCCACGUGGUGUCCGGAGAGGUGCCUUCUGAUUAUACGGUUUUUCAUCAGUACUUAACGUACCCAGAUACAGUCGAAGCUUCUGUGACCACAUCUUCGUCGUCUUCAUUUUACGGUGCUAGUUCUGCUGUAACGACGAGCAUGGAAGAUGGUACAUUCUCGUGGGGUGGUUCAUCCUCAUCCCCUGCUGUUCCCACAAAUGGAGAAGGCAGGACCGGGAGGAGCGAGAUGAGGGGAAUGAGAAAUGCAGUGUAUGAAUACAGGACAGAGAAUGGAAGGGAGCAGGAGAGAAGAAAAUACAGAGGAGUGAGGCAGAGGCCAUGGGGGAAGUGGGCUGCAGAAAUCAGAGAUCCAUUCAAAGCAGCGAGGGUGUGGUUAGGAACAUUCGACACAGCAGAAGCAGCAGCCAGAGCAUACGACGAAGCUGCCCUGCGUUUCAGAGGCAACAAGGCUAAGCUCAAUUUCCCUGAAAAUGUCACCCUUCGUCCCCCUCCCCCAGAUCUUCACAACCUGCAGGCUUCUCACAUGGUCUCUCAUCUUCAACCAUCACCCUUGCCACCGGCUGCGUCCUCCUCCUCCUCCUUUCACGCCUUUGCUUCCCCUGUUGCUACACUUCCUUCGCCUUAUCCUGCACAGACUCCCAUGACUGAUUCUGCGCACGUCGUAGCUUCAUCGUUCUCUUCUGCCAGUCACACCUCCUUUUUUCCUUGAUGAUCUCAUUAUUACUAUUCGUUGUUCGCAUUUUCUUUUUCUUUCUCAUGUUAUUUAUUCCAUCCUCUUAUUUGAGGUUGGCAUUGGUUUUACAUAAACGACAUUUUUGAAGUUGAUGCUGCGAUCCUGGGAAUCACUGUUCAAGUUCAAGGGUACACUUGCCUAGAGAACAUAAUACAUCUGUGUGUCAUUGGAGAACCUUAAACCACCUAAACUAGGAUAUUUGCAUGGUCUGUGGGUUUUGACUUUGGAACAGACCAAUAUAAAGGGAUUGUUUAUUCUCUGCGGGCG